UGAUGUCCCAGAUGUGCUCAAUUGGAUUCAGGUCUGGGGAACGGGCGGGCCAGUCCAUAGCAUCAAUGCAUUCCUCUUGCAGGAACUGCUGACACACUCCAGCCACAUGAGGUCUACCAUUGUCUUGCAUUAGGAGGAACCCAGGGCCAACCGCACCAGCAUAUGGUCUCACAAGGGGUCUGAGGAUCUCAUUUCGGUACCUAAUGGCAGUCAGGCUACCUCUGGCGAGCACAUGGAGGGUUGUGCGGCCCCCCAAAGAAAUGCCACCCCACACCAUGACUGACCCAUCGCCAAACCGGUCAUGCUGGAGGAUGUUGCAGGCAGCAGAACGUUCCACCUGUGGACGUCGGGCCCUCAUACCACUGUCAUGGAGUCUGUUUCUGACUGUUUGAGCAGACACAUGCACAUUUGUGGCCUGCUGGAGGUCAUUUUGCAGGGCUCUGGCAGUGCUCCUCCUGCUCCUCCUUGCGCAAAGGCGGAGGUAGCGGUCCUGCUGCUGGGUUGUUGCCCUCCUAGGGCCUCCUCCACGUCUCCUGAUGUACUGGCCUGUCUCCUGGUAGCGCCUCCAUGCUCUGGCAGUGCUCCUCCUUGCGCAAAGGCGGAGGUAGCGGUCCUGCUGCUGGGUUGUUGCCCUCCUAGGGCCUCCUCCACGUCUCCUGAUGUACUGGCCUGUCUCCUGGUAGCGCCUCCAUGCUCUGGACACUACGCUGACAGACACAGCAAACCUUGCCACAGCUCGCAUUGAUGUGCCAUCCCUGGAUGAGCUGCACUACCUGAGCCACUUGUGUGGGUUGUAGACUCAGUCUCAUGCUACCACUAGAGUGAAAGCACCGCCAGCAUUCAAAAGUGACCAAAACAUCAGCCAGGAUGUAUAGGAACUGAGAAGUGGUCUGUGGUUAUCACCUGCAGAACCACUCCUUUAUUGAAGGGGUCUUGCUAAUUGCCUAUAAUUUCCACCUGUCUAUUCCAUUUGCAAAACAUCAUGUGAAAUUUAUUGUCAAUCAGUGUUGCUUCCUAAGUGGACAGUUUGAUUUCACAGAAGUGUGAUUGACUUGGAGUUACAUUGUGUUGUUUAAGUGUUCCCUUUACACUAUAGCAGUGUAAUAUAUAUUUAUACAAAUAUUAAUAUCAUACAGUGGACACCUAAGCCUAUAGGCCUUUGCAUGCAAUGCCCUGAUACAUUUAGUGCUCAAAUCUCUGACAGCUGAUAGCUGAACCAGCCAAAUUUUCCUAAAGACUCUGGCAAGGGCGCUAGUCCAGUGUCACUUUGAUUAUGCCUGCACAUGGUUCACCUGCAGCCCCAAACAUCUAAAGAAUAAGCUACCAGCCAAACAAGCUUGUAAGAACUGUACUUAAACUCCUCCCUCAUUUUUUCAUCUCUCUCUGUAAUUUGUCUGUUUCUCUGUAAUGUGUCUGUAUCUCUGUAAUUGUAUAUGUAUUUAUGUCAAAAAAUAGGGACCACAAUGGAAGUAAGUCCCCAACUUUAUUGUGCAAUCCUGGUCACUUUGUGUAAAAAACUUUUUUUAACUGACAAAUAAAAUCAAUCAAGCCAAACUGCAUAAUUGAUAAAUGGAAAGAUUCUUCUGACAUUCGGAGAUUGUCAAGCCUUCGAUACUGAGUAAGCCUUACACGGUAGGGAGGGAUGUGUAUUUUCUGUUUGUUGAGAUUGACAUAGUCUAUUUAUUGCUGAAAACGCAAACCAUGAUAUUGAAUAGCUCAAAGUUGGUAUGCUUUGUUUUUUGGUUAUGUGGUGCAUUGGCACAGAAACCUGUUGGUGGAAAAUCCCCAGUACAAAGGUAGGGUCGUGUAAAACAUGUUGGUGGAAAAUCCCCAGUACAAAGGUAGGGUCGUGUAAAACAUGUUGGUGGAAAAUCCCCAGUACAAAGGUAGGGUCAUGUGAAACAUGUUGGUGGAAAAUCCCCAGUACAAAGGUAGGGUCGUGUGAAACAUGUUGGUGGAAAAUCCCCAGUACAAAGGUAGGGUCGUGUGAAACAUGUUGGUGGAAAAUCCCCAGUACAAAGGUAGGGUCAUGUGAAACAUGUUGGUGGAAAAUCCCCAGUACAAAGGUAGGGUCAUGUGAAACAUGUUGGUGGAAAAUCCCCAGUACAAAGGUAGGGUCGUGUGAAACAUGUUGGUGGAAAAUCCCCAGUACAAAGGUAGGGUCAUGUGAAACAUGUUGGUGGAAAAUCCCCAGUACAAAGGUAGGGUCAUGUGAAACAUGUUGGUGGAAAAUCCCCAGUACAAAGGUAGGGUCGUGUGAAACAUGUUGGUGGAAAAUCCCCAGUACAAAGGUAGGGUCUUGUGAAACAUGUUGGUGGAAAAUCCCCAGUACAAAGGUAGGGUCGUGUGAAACAUGUUGGUGGAAAAUCCCCAGUACAAAGGUAGGGUCAUGUGAAACAUGUUGGUGGAAAAUCCCCAGUACAAAGGUAGGGUCAUGUGAAACAUGUUGGUGGAAAAUCCCCAGUACAAAGGUAGGGUCGUGUGAAACAUGUUGGUGGAAAAUCCCCAGUACAAAGGUAGGGUCGUGUGAAACAUGUUGGUGGAAAAUCCCCAGUACAAAGGUAGGGUCAUGUGAAACAUGUUGGUGGAAAAUCCCCAGUACAAAGGUAGGGUCAUGUGAAACAUGUUGGAACUUUGGGGAGGGAGGCGCAUUUUUUCUUUAAUGCCACUUUGAGUUGG